AUGGCAGCAUUCUCUUCAUCUUUCUUGCCCCUUCACUGUGUUUCUCUUCAUCAACGAACCAUCAGUGCUGGAUCCGAUAUCCGGAAGGAAGAAGUAGUCAUCGUCGGAGCGGGAAUAGCCGGCCUAUCCACCGCUGUUUCGCUACACAGAUUGGGGGUUCGAUCCGUGGUGCUGGAGCAGGCGGAAUCAUUGCGAACCGGAGGAACGUCAUUGACUCUGUUUAAGAAUGGGUGGAAGGUUUUGGAUGCCAUGGGAGUUGGUGAUGAACUCAGAUCCCAAUACCUUGAGAUUCUAGGGAUAGUGAUAAAAACAGAAAAUGGGAGAGUGCUCCGCGCAUUUACGUUCAAAGAUGAAGACCAAACUCAAGAGGUUCGCGCAGUUGAAAGAAGAACUCUCCUGGAGACGCUUGCCAAACAACUACCACUAGAUUCCAUCUCUUUCUCCUCAAAAUUGGCAAACAUUCAAAAACAUGAAAAUGAUGAAACUCUUCUACAACUCGUUAAUGGUACUAGAAUAUCAUCCAAGGUAGUAAUUGGAUGUGAUGGAAUUCGUUCUUCCGUGGCUAAAUGGAUGGGUUUUUCAGAGCCUAAAUACGUGGGAUAUUGUGCUUUUCGUGGGCUUGGAGAAUACCCCGAUGGACAACCGUAUGAGCCACGGGUAAACUAUAUUUAUGGACGAGGCAUACGUGCUGCUUAUGUUCCCGUUUCACCAACAAAAGUGUACUGGUUUGUUUGCUUCAACAGCCCUACGCCAGGUCCGAAGAUUACUGAUCAGUCGGUGUUAAAAAAACAAACCAAAGAACUCAUCAAGAAUUGGGACUCGGAGCUUCUAAACAUAAUCGAUGCCACCCCGGAUGACACUGUCAUCCGGACCCCACUAGUUGACCGGUGGUUGUGGCCAGGGCUGAGCCCUAAUGCUUCAUCAGGUGGAGCCGUGGUGGUUGGUGAUGCAUGGCACCCAAUGACACCCAAUCUGGGUCAAGGGGCUUGCUGUGCUUUGGAAGAUGCUAUUGUUUUAGUGCAAAAGCUCGCUCCUGCACUCAAGGCUGGACCGAUGGUUGUGGACGGUGCACUCAAAGCAUACCAAAAUGAGAGAUGGCGACGGAUCUUUCCAUUGACCGUUCGGGCAAACGUCACGGGCGCUAUUUUGCAAUUGGAGAAUCCGCUCGUAUGUUCUCUUAGGGACCAUCUACUUGUUCCUAAACUGAUAAGGCUCGGGCCCAUGAUGGAGCAUACCAAUUUCGAGUGUGCCCCCCUAUUGGAAACCAAGAUGUAACAUAUGCUCAAACGUCACAUUUAUUUUAGGGCUAAAAGCCAGAUAUAGUUCUAUACUUUCAUAUAUUUGUGUGUUAUAAUAAUACCAUUUAGUUUCUUCUCAUUAUAACAAUGUAUCUUUAGUUUUUUCUAGAUGAAAAAUCUAUUGAAUUUCGCCGC